AUGCCAGAUCGUGUUCGGGAUUUGUCCCUGGGGCCUUAUCAGCCAGAUCAUCCUUAUGCUGUUUACAACAUUUACGGCCGCAAUAGUACCUCAAGCGUUGAAGAGAGAACAGUUUCACCCAACGUUUAUACCGGCAAUACUGCAAUUAGUGAAUCAAGUAGCAACGUGAUUAACUCUACUCGUUCUUUAGCAGAUACUCUUGACAAAAUCCGGAUUACGCGUCUUAGAUACGCUGCAUUGAUGAAACGUUUGCGAGGACCAGUCCUUGCUCAAUGUAUGGGCGUCACAUUCGACCUCAUGGCAGAAGGACUAGUGCAGUGGAACUCGUAUCUCAAUUUGAUGAGCUUCAUGACUGGUGAGGAACUGCCAGUUCCUCUACCUUUGAACAAGGAUGCUAUUGGCAUGUUUCUCGUUUGGCAUGACACAUCUUCUGACUCGCCAUUGUUUGAAGAGAGCCUGAUAUCACUUCAUUUUUAUCUGACGUCCGCGGUUGGAGACCCGUUAACAAGAAUCAUUCCGAUCUCAAAUGGUCGCUGUGGUAAAUGGGUGUCUGGCUCAUCCAUCCAAUACUACUUUAAUUCACUCUGCGGGUUCCUUGCGGUUCACUCGGAUGAAAUUACGGAAGUUUUGUCCUUUACCUUGGCAACACUCAGGUUCUUACUGAGUAUGGAUUCUAUGCAAUACAAUAAUAUGGAAUUUCAUGAUCGUUCAUACAUUCGCCGCUAUCGCUUUUUGAAGCCUGCAGUAAUAAGGCACAUCAACAGUCUCGCUUUUAACAAGCGCUUGCUUCAAACAUUUAAUCUCAUUGCAGAUGGAUUAAGUGAUUGGAUUACAUAUGUUAUGCUAUUGUCUUUGAUGACACAAGAGCAUACAGUGUACUGCACGAGUGCCAUCCAACCUUUGUGGGAGUGCAUUACUGUUGCUGCAACAGAGUUCCCGUCUUCUACGCAAUUCGUGCGGGAUGGUAGAUAUGUGGUGAUUAAUAGCCCCUAUAUUGCUAUGACCAAUGCCACCGUGUCUUUGGAUAUAUUACGCAUCUUCACGGCUACGCGUUCAUCUUUCCCUCCUGCAUGGUCCGAUGAAUCGUUGUUUGGGAUACCCACUGUCGGUCUCGGUUAUGGGAAUAUGAUGAUAUGUGGGAGUGACGGAAACGGCGCAUCUAUGGUGGGCGGAAGGCUUCAUAUACAUUUCUCUUUAGUUCCUUCUUUAGAUCACAUUGCGGCGUUGAAUUUCAACCAGUUACUUUCUUAUGGUAGGCUUAUCCUAUUGAAGCACUCUGUUGUGUACUUUACAUUUGACAUGCCUGUUGUGGGUGUUCUAACUGAUUUGAUGGGUGGUGACAUGAGUCGAAGGCGCAUGAGACUUGCGAAUUGCCGUCCUUUGCAUAUGAACCUGGCUUUUUGGGCGGCUCAAUCGACUGGUUUUACGGUGGAUCCGUUGGCGGAAUGGCCUAUGAUUUAUCUCCGUGCGGGGACGACCUCUGGGAGCCCGAAAAACUGCGAAUCAUAUUAG